UUUAAUUGCCCACGAUCGUUAUUGCAUUUCGUGGAAUCAAAAGGCAAUGUAUUAAUAUCGGAGUGAAACGCUGUUAGUUUUAAAUUUGAUUAAUGUUUUUACUAGUUAUAUUGAAAUGGUGAAAGGCACGGCAUAAACUGCAAAAGGAAAAUAAAUUCGAGCUUCGCAAGUAAUCUGGAGUAUGAAGCGAGAAGUAGGUCUGAUCAGCUGUUAACGAUUGAUAUUCAAAUUACAGAAACCGUAGUAACAAGUGCAAAGUGCAUUGUGUUGCGCCACAUGUUUAGCAUUUCAACGCAAUAUCAAUCAAUUUGACACGGCGCAGAGAUAACACAACGGCAUAAGGCCUACAAUAAAAACAAAAAAAGAAUCUAAACGGUGCGGAAAGUGCGCCCCUCAGCAAAUACAGAUUUGGAACAGUAAACACACGACUAUCGUUCGCUGUUGGGAUUUGUUUCGCUGUCUUAUGGCCCAACAUGACAGCGCAUUGAUAUUAACAAGUAUUUAAUAUAGUGAUGAUUAGAGGUAGAGAGUCGAGUAUAUAUUAAUAUACAUAUACGCGCUAAUCACUAUUGCUUCUAUAAACAUACAUUGAAGAAAUUGUGUUAUCAGCAAAAUCACUUCCGCGGCUAAGAUUUACGUGCGCGAUUGCUUGAAAGGCAUUGAAGAGCUGUACGUCAGUAACAAUUACCGUGUGGAAGGCGAUAAAGUAAAGUGACAAUGGGGCUGAAAAUUGACAAGGAGCUACUGCCGAUGAAGGCGCAUUAUUUCUUCUUUAAUGCAGGAACAUCGCCGGUAAUGCCUUUCAUGCCCACAUUGGCACGUCAAUUGGGCUUCUCCACAGUAGUGAUAGGUAUUAUGUAUACAAUUUUGCCGAUUGUUGGCAUGCUGGCGAAGCCGAUAUUUGGAUUUGUUGCUGAUCGUUAUCAACGCCAUCGCACACUUUUCCUCAUCGGCGAAGUACUCACCGCAUUGGCCUUCUUCUUCAUACAAUUCACUCCGUCCAUUCCACAAGCUCUGCCCACUGUAGAGUUUCAUUGUCACGGUGGUGUAUCCGAUCUGAAAUACUCUUCCGAAUUUGAUAAGUGCAUACAACAUAAUCUUGAAAGUUACUAUGGCACGCGCGUUCUAAGCUGCGAUUUGUAUUGCCAAGCAGAUCCAGCGAAAUGGGACUAUGUAUGUGAAAACUGGCUACAUAACAACAUCAACGGCAGCAACAUCAGUAAUAUAACAUGUCCUGAACGUAAUAAUCCGCAAUUAAAUUUUACCACAUUUGUCAAUAUGAGCGAAAUUUUGAUUGAGAAUGACCAACUCUUCUUCCUCAUACCACAUGAUCGUGGCCAAUUGAAUGGAGAAAAUAUUACGCUAAAUUGUCCGCGUGCUGACCCACAAUUCAAUACAAGUUGCCUUAUAGAAUGCAAUGAUGAAUAUUUCCAAAGCCAAUUGACAUCAAGUACGGCGAUUAAGAAUAGUGAAGUGACGGGCAUGUAUCAAUUUUGGUAUUUUUUUAUCUUGCUUAUUUUGAGCUGGGUUGGAAUGGCAGUGGUGGUAAGCAUUGGUGAUGCCAUAUGCUUUUCGAUAUUGGGCGAACGCCAUCACUUAUAUGGAAAUCAACGUUUGUGCGGCUCUAUUGGCUUUGGUGUAUUUUCCAUAAUUGCUGGUGUGCUGGUAGAUAAAAUGUCAGGUAGUAGUGCCACUAAAGACUACACAAUCGUGUUUUGGAUGACUUUGGUGAUAAUGGGUUUCGAUUUAUUCGCCUCCACGAAAUUAAAGAACACCCAAACUCAUCUCUCACAAAAUAUUGCCAAAGAUGUCGGUAAAAUUUUCCUUUCCGUUCGUUGUGUGAUAUUUUUCAUUUGGUGCGUUUCAAUUGGCCUUUGUACGGCGCUCGUUUGGAACUUCCUCUUAAUGCAUUUGGAUGAAUUAGGCGAAAAACUAGAAGGCUGCCAAAACUCCAUGAAAACACUUGAAGGCAUUGCCAUGGGCAUACAAUGCUUUGGUGGCGAAUUACCCUUCUUUUUCCUCUCCGGUUGGAUUUUGAGAAAGAUCGGUCAUAUAAAUGCCAUGAGUUUGGUGCUAUUCGCCUUCGGUGUACGUUUCACACUCUACUAUUUGCUGGUGAAUCCAUGGUAUGUUCUACCCAUUGAACUUUUAAAUGGCGUCACAUUCGGUAUUUUCUACUCGACAAUGGCGUCUUAUGCAAGUAUUGUAGCGCCACCGGGCACAGAGGCGACUAUGCAGGGCCUCGUCGGUGCUAUCUUUGAAGGUUUAGGCGUGUCUUUGGGCAGCCUUAUCGCGGGCAAUCUCUUCGCCGAUUUGGGCGGUAGCGAAACAUUCUUAAUUUUCGGAAUUUUCUCCUUUACAGUAUUCGUCGUACAUUUAUGUGUGCAAUGGUAUUUGCAGUACAGUGGGCGAGGUGGUACUGGUGCAAAUGGUAAGCAAAAGGAUACUAAUAGUGUUGCGCAGGAAGUGAAAGAUUUAUCGCCAGAAAAUUAUAAAUUGUGGACUGUGUCUGCAAUAACGCCUAAUGGCGCAAAUACUGAGUUUUCAGAUGUGGAUUUGAGCUCAUUUGAGGGGAGGGCUAUUUAAAGAGGUUCGAAAAAAAUUGGUUACUUAAAAGAGGCAACUGAAAUCGGUAUUUUAGGAUACGUUUGUAGGCGCAGCCAUUACUCCUAUUAGUGAUGUAUAUUUUUACAUAUAUAUUUAAACAAUGGGUUGUAUUUUUGCAAAUAUUUUUUUUAUGCUAUUUUAUAUCAUAUGCCAAGCAUAUGAAUUUUAGUUCGCCGCUAUUUAAUAUUAGAACUCAGUGAUAGUUUUUACUAAAAAAAACAGCUAUUUCUAAAAUAGUAAAAAAUAUGAAUGGCCAGUUUAUAUUCAAAGCGUUUGUUAUUUUUAUAAAUAAAAUUCAAGUGCAUACAGCAUAAUUUAAUUGCAUUAUACAUUUAAUUGCAUACCUAAAUAACUAAAAUUAAAAAAAAUUAAUUCCACUGUAAUGAAAAAAUGUGACAAAUUUAACGUUUGGUCAUCUUAGCGGCCAAAUUUGAUAUUCUACCGAAGCUCCUUCCAGGUAAUUUUAAUUUGUUUCUUUAGUAUUCUAUUAUUCAGUACUUGCAUGCAAAAUUUGUGCUAAAUUCUUCAGACUAUUAUUAGUUCGAUUAUUAGUUUAUUAGAACAUUUCACUUUCUUCGUUAUUGAAAUGCUAUUUGCAAAGUUGUGUACAAGUAAAAUAGCUGCAUUUUUAGGUUUUGUAUAACCUAGGAUUUUAUUUAAAAAAUAGAAGUAAUUUUGUACGAGCUAAAAACUGAAGUCUAGAUUGAGUUCUAAGUAGUUGUCUAUUUAAAAUACGCAAGUUCAUAAUAUGAAUUGAAUGAGGACUUAUUUAACAUUUGUAAGCCACACUUCCUGAAUGGUAUACUAGACUGCAAUUAGUGAUCAUUUUAUCCUAGAUACGGUUUCAACUUCAAUCUUGAAAACAUCAAAAAAACGAAAAUGAAAAAAAAAUUUAAAUAAACAAAAAAAAUGAAAAAUAAAAAAAAUAAAAACUAAAUAAAAUUAAAAAAGUCUUCCAAAGGUGCAGACAAAAAAAUGCUAAUACACAACUGAAACUUUUACUGCAAGCCUCUUCAUUUGUAGGAAUAGAACUCGUUACAAAGAGCUCGAAGCGAUGACAAAAUAAUAUAUAUGUACAUAUAAAAUUAUAUUGCGAAAAAUCAAGGUGAUACGCGAACGUCCACGUUUUUUUCAACUAUAUGGCCAAAAAGAUUUUCUUGACAGAUUUCGAAGAUUUAAUAAGCUAAUUAAGUCGAAUAUUAUUAGUUUCAUUCAAGGCGCAUUUAUUAAAGGCGGUGGCACUAGACCAAUAACAAUGUUUAGUACGUUUGAUUGUCACGGCAGGGUAUUGGCGAAGUAGAAAAAAAAAAAUUAAUUCGCCUUGUUUUAUUCUGCACUGACAGCUACAUGACACGGCGAAAGAAAAAAAAAACUCAGCCGAUUUACCAACAUCGCCAUUAAUAGAUUCGCUUUGGUUCCAUACGGUUUUUUAACAACAUAACAUAAUUUCUCUCGGAGCGCAAUUUACUCUACUCUUGCUUUUUAGAAAAUUAUUUAUAUUUGCCGCGGCAAACCUCCGGUCUUAUUUCUGUCAUGAAAAAGCUCUUCAUAACGAACCGUCUGCCGUGCGGAGUCGGCUUAAAACUUUAGGACACUCCAUUUGUGGACGGCAUCAAAAUGUACGCCACAAAUAUGAAGUAGAGCUGGGCGAAACACCCAAAAAUGGUUAUAUUUGUUUUAUUGCAUUUUGACAAAUGUUAAAAUAUAUAAACGAAGCAUUUUGCUGCGAUGCUACCAUAUUUUUUAACGGGUUACGAGUAGUCAGAGGCUCGAAAAAAUGAUGAUUUUCAAUAAUUUUUGUUUUUUGCUAGUCAGUUGCUUUAUUUUACAAAAAUAAAACAUAGCAUUAAUACAUCAAGUUUUGACUUGACUUUGGCAAAAUUAAAAAAAAAAAAAUAUUAAUAAUUGCAAAAGUUAUCGCUGUUUGUGUGGAGCCCGUUUCUCCAGAAGUCCCUUGCGGUGAUCAUCACAAGCCCUUGGAGAUUCAUCUAAUAUCAAUCGGAUCAGAGAAAUUAGUUUUAUUAAUAGACAAUCUUGUGUCUGAUCGAAGUUUUUUUUCAAAAUUAACAGUAUGGCGGGAAAUAUUUUUCAGGUUUUCGAGCAAAAAAAACCGAAAAUUGUUUAAAAAUCCGAAAUUUUUGAAAAAAAAGUCCCUCGAUCAGGCCAUAGUUUUUUAUGUUUUUCAAAAGCAAUAUAAAUGUUAUUGAAAUCUACCAAGCGGUUUUUAAGUAACAGUGAUCAUCAAUAACUCGAAAAGUAUUUGUCGGAUUCACUUCAAAUUUUCACACAAUAUUUUUA